AUGAAUAUUGUCGCGGGUUAUCAUUCUAGUGCCUCUCCGAGGUCUGCAGCCGACGCUAACGAAAUGAAGUACUUGCCGCAACACCACCACAACCAUCACCAUCAUAUGGCUAGUUCGCCGUCGCCUAGCGGCCACACGGCGGUAUCCUUAUCAGCGAAUCCAUGGGUCAGUUUGCAACCUGGAGCAGAUCCUUGGACGGCCUCCAUGGCAGGUAUGCACCACCCUCACCAUCAUCACCACCAAGACGUCAAACCCUUAACACAAUCUGCUGAUAUGAUGCAUCAUCAGAGACAGCAACAACAAAGUAUGGGAUCUCCUCAUGCUUGGCACGGGCCCGUUUCCUCGGCGCAUUACAAUCCAGGUGGUGCUGGAUCUCCUCUUCAGCAAUAUCACGCUGCUAUGAACGGUAUGUUAGCUCAUCAUCAAGCGGCACCCCCUUUACAUCAUUCUCUACAUAGAGAUAUGCAAAGUCCGCAUCAUCCGCAGCAUUCCGAGAGAGACGUUAGCGGAGGCGAAGACGAGACGCCUACGAGUGAUGAUUUAGAAGCCUUCGCAAAACAAUUCAAACAACGACGCAUUAAACUAGGAUUUACCCAAGCAGAUGUCGGGUUAGCAUUAGGAACACUUUAUGGUAAUGUCUUUUCUCAAACAACAAUUUGUAGAUUCGAGGCUUUGCAGCUUAGUUUCAAAAAUAUGUGCAAGUUAAAACCCCUGUUACAAAAAUGGCUCGAAGAGGCCGAUUCGACAACGGGAUCACCCACGUCUAUAGACAAAAUAGCAGCACAGGGUAGAAAAAGGAAAAAACGCACUAGUAUAGAAGUCUCGGUAAAAGGUGCGCUAGAACAACACUUCCACAAACAACCAAAACCGUCAGCUCAAGAAAUCACGUCUCUCGCCGAUAGUUUGCAAUUAGAAAAAGAAGUCGUUCGGGUUUGGUUUUGCAAUAGGAGACAAAAGGAGAAGAGAAUGACGCCACCGAAUACGUUAGGCGGCGACAUGAUGGACGGUAUGCCUCCUGGAAGCCACAUGCAUCCCAGCUACGGCCACCACCAAGAUAUGCACGGCUCCCCGAUGGGCCAGCACUCACAUUCCCAUAGUCCUCCCAUGUUAUCUCCCCAAAGUAUGGGCCAUCAGUUGACGGCCCACUAG